AUGAGGAGAGUUUCUAGCGUCGGUCUCAGGACUAGUGCCUUUGAGCUGAGGACCUCGGCUGUCCAGACUGCCAGGACAUUCGAGAGGAAUGAGCUCGGCCCCGUGGGCGUGCGUCACUACCCCGGCAACUUGAAGGAGUGUAAGCUGGUGGCCAUCAAGAACAUCAAGAAGAUCACUUCGACCAUGAAGAUGAUUGCCGCGGCCAAGCUCAACAAGGCCCAGGCUGUGCUCUUCAAGACCCGCCCCUACUCGGAAUCGAGCCAGCGCUUCAUUCAGGAGUUCUUCCCUUCACCUCAGGAGGGUGAGCCCAACCCCGCCGAGGAGGCCUCCGCCGGCAAGCACCUCAUCGUGGCCGUGACGUCCGAUCGUGGUCUCUGCGGUGGUGUCAACUCGUCGAUCAUCAAGGCCAGCGCGGCCGUGCUGCGUAAUCACCCCGAGAACACCCAGCUCUUCCUCGUCGGCGAGAAGUCCAAGGCCGCCCUCCAGCGUGAGUACGCCAAUGCCAUCGUCUACGCCGUGAGCGAGGUGGGCGCCAACAAGAAGACCUCCUUCACCGAGGUGGCCCAGGUGGCUGAGCUCAUCGCGCGCCAGCCGGCCGACAAUGUGACCCUCCUCUACAACCACUUCAACUCGGUGCUCUCCUUCACCACGACCAGGAAGGUGUUCCCCUCUCCCAAGACCUUCGUCGAGGCCGAGCGCAAAUUCUCCGCCUACGAGUUCGAGGGCAGCCACGAGGAAAUCCUGGCCGAUUACUGGCAAUUCAGCGUCGCAUCGCAGCUGUACAGCGCCAUCACCGAGUCGCAGACGGCCGAGGUCGGCCACCCGUAUGACGUCGAUGGACAAUGCCACCAAGAACGCCUCCGAGGUCCUCAACAAGCUCACCAUCAAGUACAACAGAACUAG